AUGGACCCUAGCUACACUGAGAUGAUGGGGCCUUUGGCUUUGCCAGAGAAGCCCUUGACUGAAACUACGGAGGACCAGAAUGCCAAAGUCAUGGUCCAGCGCAACGUUGCUCUUGGUUUGACCCGGAACCAUGCGGCCGACUGGACGGUUCAGGAUGCAUUGCUGGAGUUGAAGGAUGCUAUUCUUCAGUAUCAAAUGAGCCUGCUGGAGUUUAUACCGCAUAUUUCGGCUACCCACAGCGAAGUCAUAAUUGUCGUCGAAGGGAAACGGCCCCUGCCCAUGGGUGAAGGGCCCCUCGCGCAGCAGGUGUUGGGGUACAUCCGGUUUAAUAAAAUCCAGGGAAGCUCCGAGUUCACCAACUUUGGUUCGAGGCUGGAUGAGCAAUAUCUGGAGAUGGGCCACACCACCAAGAUCAAGGACGAGCGUGUGGCCGGCGGCCACGGGGAGGGAUUGAAGAUCGCAAGUGGUUUCCACUAG